AGUCUCUGUGGAGGGACGGACUUGGCCGCGUGUUCAGGAAUCCACUCGUUGAGUGUCCAAGUACACACUUGGAUUCAUUGAAGAGAUGGGGAAAAUGAAGGACAAAGAUGUUGAUGCAGAGAAAUAUGAAAAAGCACAGCGCUCACCGAAAUUAUGUGGGACUAACUACCCAGUUAGCAUUGCCUUCAUUGUGGUCAAUGAGUUCUGUGAAAGAUUCUCUUACUAUGGAAUGAAAGCGGUGCUGACGCUUUACUUCAUGAACUACCUGCAUUGGGACAAGAAUCUGUCUACAGCUAUUUACCAUGCAUUCUCGGGCCUGUGUUACUUCACUCCACUUCUGGGGGCCUUGAUAGCAGACUCAUGGUUGGGGAAGUUCAAAACCAUCAUCUAUCUAUCUAUUGUGUAUGUGAUUGGCCAUGUGGUCAAGUCUGUCGGGGCCAUUCCUGAUGUGGGGGACAGCACUGUUCAUAUAGCUCUGUCAAUGGUUGGUCUGGGCCUCAUAGCAUUAGGGACAGGAGGGAUCAAACCCUGCGUUGCAGCUUUUGGUGGUGACCAGUUUGAUGAAGACAAUAUAGACGAGCGGAGAAAAUUCUUCUCCAUCUUUUACAUGUCAAUCAACGCUGGAAGUGUCUUAUCCACUAUUAUCACACCAAUACUAAGAGGUGAUGUGCAGUGUUUUGGAGGAGACUGCUACGCCCUGGCCUUUGGAGUUCCUGCAGCUUUAAUGGUCAUCGCCUUAGUGGUGUUUAUUUCUGGAAGUGGCCUAUACAAGAAAAGUCCUCCAGAAGGAAAUGUCUUGGUGCGUGUCUGCAAAUGUAUCGGGUUUGCUAUAAGCAAUCGAUGGACGAAUUCCAAAAAGAGCCCAAAACGGAGCCACUGGCUGGAUUGGGCAGAGGAGAAGUACUCGAAACGACUCAUUCAGGAGAUUAAAAUGGUGUGCAGGGUGCUGGUUCUUUAUAUUCCUUUGCCAAUGUUUUGGGCUCUCUUUGACCAGCAGGGGUCACGCUGGACUCUUCAAGCUACUCGAAUGAAUAUGGAUUUUGGUGGAGGCUUCAUAAUAAAGCCUGAUCAAAUGCAGAUGCUGAAUGCUUUGCUGAUUCUGGUGUUUAUUCCAAUCUUUGACAUGGGCAUUUAUCCACUUGUAGGCCUCUGUCGGAUCAAACUCACUCCGCUAAAGAAGAUGGCGACGGGCAUGAUUCUUGCUGCACUUGCCUUCUGUGCUGCAACUGCUGUUGAAGUUUACGUCAUUAAAACCGUGGUGGAGCCUCCUCCUGCCAAAGAGAGCCUUGUUCAGGUUUACAAUCUUAUGGAUUCAGAUGUCACAGUGCAGUUUCCAGCACACAAUGUCUUCUCAGAGCCACUUAAACCAUAUGAGGAACCUUCGGGAUACUCAAGUCUUCCUCUUACCGGAGAAUCUCAGCUGCAGAAUGUGGUUGUCAGUCACAAUGGUAUGAAUUACCAGUGCAGACUCACGUUUACAGAGCGGAUGGCUUACAGUCUCUUACUGCACCCUACUGCACAGCACAACGGCUCUGUAUGCAAUCUGGUAAAAGAUCACAUCACCAAGUCUGAAACCGGGGCUGCGUAUAUAAGGUUUAUCAAUACGCACACAGAAAAUAUCAACGUAACAGUUGGCACUGAGGAAGUUCAUGCGUCUGCAAAUUAUGGGAUUUCUCGCAAUAUAAGUGUACCAAGGGGAGAAUAUAAUAAAGCUGUUUGUGUAACUGACACCAAAGAAUAUGAGAUUAACCUGGGACUUCUUGAUUUUGGUGCUUUCUACACAGUCAUACUCUCAGAGGCGGGCAAUAAUCUAGCGGUUAAAAAGAUGGAGGACAUCCAAGCCAACAACAUUCACAUCGGCUGGCAGAUUCCACAGUACGUGUUCCUCACAGCCGGAGAAGUCAUGUUCUCCAUCACCGGUCUGGAGUUCUCCUACUCACAGGCACCGGCGAGCAUGAAAUCCGUUCUCCAGGCUGGAUGGCUUAUGACCGUGGCAUUUGGAAAUGUCAUUGUCCUGAUUGUGGCAGAAGGGGCUGGCAUGGAACAGUGGGUGGAGUUUCUGCUUUUUGCUGCACUCUUGGUGGCGGUCAGCAUCAUCUUCUCCAUCAUGGCUUAUUUCUACACCUAUGUGGAUCCAGAUCAGCUAGACAAGCUUUUCAAAGAGGAUGGAGAUGGCGGGAAAGUGGAAAGUAGUAAGAAAGAUGAGCUUUCUUUGGGUGAUAUGCCGAAGCAAACCAAGAUGUAGCAAACUGAUGUUCGGAGUUUUGAACUAUUCAGAUCUGUGAAUAAGCUAAUCGACUUUAUUUUUUUCACAUCGGACUGUGUAUUUUCUUCUAGGGCCUUUAUGUGGCAUUAUGCUGAGCUUUACUGAUCAGGGAUCAAAUUCCAGCUGAAUUAGGAGACAUUUGUUGUGCUGCAGCAAUGUAAUGAACAUGGUACCUUGCACAAAGAAAUCAUUUAUAGAGAUGUAAUGCUUAAGAAUGUGAUGGACUUUACACUUCAUAUGUUUGGGGUUGGUAAGAUUCAAUGAAGUCUCUUAUAAUCUUCAAGACCAUUUAUUUGACUUAUCAAAAGUAAGACAGCAUUGCUCUCAUAAAUGAACUGGUUCAGUAUAAUUGAUCAUAAGUUACAUCAUGUGUAAAAUGAAAUUCUGCUGAUUUCAAAGCUGAAUAUUAAUCCUUGUGAACAGUGAUCCUUCAAAAUCAUUUCGAUAUGCUGAUUUGGUGCUUAAACAUUUCUUGUUAUUCUUGGUGAAAAUAGUUGUGCUGCUUUAAUAUUUUCGUCAAAACCACUAUUCUUUUUUUUCUGUAUACUUUAAAAAUAGAAAGUUAUUUUCUUUGCCACAAUGUAAAAGCUUGUGCUGCCACUUUGAUCAAUUAAUAUUCAUUUAUUAGAAAAAAAAAGAAAAACAAAAGUCUUACUGAUCCCAAACACUUGCACAUAUACACUUUAGAAAUAUCAGUCAAUAACUAUUAUUCCAGUAAUGCCUAUUUGCACAAGUCAAAGCUCACGUAUGUAUAUAAUGCCUGUCAGUCUUGCUCUGUUCAGAGGGUACUCCUUUUCUAGAUGACAGUUUAUUAAAACAGACUGCUCUGGUUUCAUGUAUUAAGUCGAAAGGCUGGUGAAUGUUGUCAGGGAUGGAGUGAUUCAUGACACUCUUUGAAAUAAACUUGUAUAUAUUUGUAACACAAUUAUUGUGUACAUAAUUACACCAGAACUGAUUUCUGAA